AUGAAUUUGCUUCAUGCAUAUAUACCGCCUUAUGCAAACCAAAAUUCGAGCAUUCAAAAUGGCAGUGUUCAAAACUAUAACUCAAACUCAAAUUUAAAUUUAAAUUCAAACUCAAAUAGUGGAUCAAAUGUUUAUGUGAAUUCUUUCCCUAUUCCCAAUAUGAAUGCAAAUAUGUUCUUAGGGCAUAAUAAUACAACAGUGAGUGUAUAUAACAACAGUCCGAUAAGACCCCAAUUUGCUAUAGACCCAAAAAUAUAUUCAAAAGACUUUAAUCAAAGCAAUUUUAAUAAUCUUCCUAUAAAAUAUGAGGAUACCUCAAAUUAUAAUAGAUAUAAUAAUAUUGGGAAUAACUAUUUAAAAGGGCAAGAUGAAUAUUUAUAUAAAUCAUAUCUUGAUAGUAAAAUGAUUAGUUUACAAUAUAACAAGAGCAAUAAUAAGAAUAUUAACAAAAAUGUUACACAUGAAAUAUAUAGAGAUAACUGUAAAAGAGUAAUAAUAUUUGAUCUGGAUGAUACCUUAAUUCCUACAUGUUGGAUUAGGGAUAGAUUAACAGCUAAAUAUAAUCUUAGUUAUGAACAAUCUCUUAAAGAAAUAAAAAAAGAAAUACAAACAAAUAAAAAUUAUAAUUUUGAAUCAACAGUAUGCUCUGUGAUACAUCUAGCUAAAUCUAUAUCAUCUGGAGUAUUUAUUGUGACCAAUGCGAGAAGUGAUAAAUGGAUAGAAACUGUCAGAUGGCUAUUUCCUCAAUUUUCAAAAGUUCUAGAUGAAUAUAACAUUCCUAUAAUACGAACAGAUCAACAAAUGGAGGUAUAUCCUUUAAAAUUGUAUGAACAUUUUCGAUUUUGGAUGAAUGCUAAGAAAAAAAAGUUUUAUGAAAUAAUUAUGAGUCACAGGAACUUAUGCAAUCGAUACGCUCCGGGAAAAAUCGAUUUCAUUUCUUUAGGGGACACAGAGUUUGAAGAAGUCGCAACACGAGAACUUCAAAUGAGUAAUAAGAACAUAAUAAAUAAGGCGUUUAACAUAAAAGUUCAAGCUGGAUUACCCCUAGGAGAAUUUAUUGGACAACUAAAACUGAUACAAGUGGGUCUAUCAAUAAUUAUUAAAGAAUCUUAUUCCUAUAAAUAUUUAGCUUUGUCUGGAUCUGUUCAAAUUAAAUUAUUUUACUAG